UUCAGUACACAGAUUUGUCCUAUUCCCUUUCCAUUUCAUAAAAAGAUGGAUGGAUCAAAGAGGAUUUUCUUUUCAACCCAAACCCAAACCCAAACCCUAACUCGCUUUCCCUUUGAUUUUUUGCUGACACUGACUAACUGAGUCCAAAAUUCCACCAGCUCCUUCCUUCAUCAGCCAUGAGCCGUUUCAGGGUAACUGACAUCUUCGACCCUUACUCUCCCUCUCUCUGUGUUAAAGAAACCUCCAUUCUCGCUCACAAGCCCUUAGCUUUUCCCUCAUUUUUCGAAGCAGAACAUGAACUUAGCUCCGCCCUCGACCUACUGAGUCCUUUCCGUUGCUUAAGCCCCAUCGAUAUCUACGACAACGUCACCGAUCUGGUCCAAAUCGAGAGAACGCCGUCGUUUCGUUCGUACAAGAGGGUACAACGCCGAGUCGAACCCGAGUUUUCUAUUCAAACCUUGUGCGACCGAGUUACGGCGCUGGAGUCUAAAUUCGACCGUCUCGUUAACGGGAGGAACUCCGGAGGGGACAGGAAGUACACGUGGACUGCGGAGAUCAAGGGGCCGGUUGAGAGGAAGUACAAAUGGGUAGCGGAGAUCAAGGAUGGGAAGAAGACAGAAGAGGUGAAAGAGAAAAAGUAUAAAUGGACGACUGAGAUUGAAGGAAAGGGAAUUGAUGGGCCUAUCUCGAGAAAGUACGUGUUCUCAGCAUCCACUGGUGGCGAUGCAAGUGAAUGUAGCAAAUCGGAGAAGAAGGAAAAGAAUGAGAAGAAGCAUCAGAAAAAGGACAAGAAAGGAGAGAAUGUUCCGCGUGUAGUGGAGAUCGAAGAGCCGUCAGAUCACGGAGCUGUCGUUUUAAGACAGGCUUUUUCCAAAAGAGCUGGAGUUAUAAGAAAUAACAGGGGCAAGAAGAAGGAAUUGUCUCCUCAAGAUGCUGCUUUGGUGAUCCAAGUAACAUUCAGAGCUUACCUGAUCCGUAGAUCACAGGCUCUUCGUGCCCUUAGGGAAUUGGCAAUUGCCAAGACUAAGCUGAAAGAGAUCAGAUCAUAUUUUAAUAACUUCUCCUAUCGUCGUCGAGUAGCCCAGGAUGCAGAAGAACGCCAAAGGUUCUCUGAGAAAAUCAUUGUGCUGCUCCUUACUGUUGAUGCCAUUGAGGGAGCUGAUCUAAUGGUGCGAGCUGCUAAGAAGUCAAUGGUAGACGAACUGGAAGCGAUGCUUGAUGUGGUGGAUCCUCAGCCCCAAGGGAGAUCACUUUCAAUGAGGAGGACAUUUGACAUGCCAGAUAGUGUCAUCCAGAAGGAAAUCGCCGAGGGGGUGGCAGAGGUGGUUCGAAUGUUUGAAAGUGAUGCGGACACUGUUUGAUGCACUCUUGUAAAAACGUUGUGUAAUAUGACAAAAUCACCCAUCUUUAUGGGUGCUUUGCGAGUCAGAUGUUUGGAAGAUGCAGAUUAGUUUAUGAUGUGUGGACCUGAUCUCUCGUUUUAUUUUCUGUGGCACUUGUGUAAUUGUGUUUUGCACGAACAUAUUGGGACUUAUUUGAAGAUGGUGGUACUUGUUUUAUGCAA